GUUGACUGUUCAAAGAUGAAGCUGUAUCCUCUUCUUCUCUUGCUUUGUCUCUGCCAUCUGGGACUCACUGAAGAGCCCAGUCCAGCACCUACAAGUGUCAGUAAAGCAGAAGAAGGCGAGGCGUCAGAGGGUGACAGCUGUGGAGGAGCGUUCAGCCCUGAGGCACACAGGGCAAUAGGAAAGGCCACCGAGCAACUGGGUUUGCAGCUCCUGGAAAAUCUUCCUGUUAGUCCACAGCAGCCCAAUGUCAUCCUCUCACCGCUCAGUCUUGCUUUUGCCCUCGGUCAACUCACCUUAGGUGCUCGCACUGAGACAGAGAAGCUGCUACUAAAGACCCUUCACGCCCACGGUCUGGCAUGCUACCAUCAUGCACUGGGAAGCCUUGUACCUCAUUUUAGCCACACAUCAUUGGAGGUAGCGGCACGCAUGUACCUGAAGCCAGGAUUUAAAGUGAAGGCGUCCUUUGUUGAAGAGUCUCUGCACAGGUACAAAUCACAGCCUGUUCCUUUAGUCUCUAUGGACGAGGUCAACCAAUGGGUUGAGAAUGUUACCAAUGGACACAUCCCCAACUUCCUAGAAAGUAUUCCACAUGAUGUGGUGCUUAUGCUCAUGAAUGCUGUAUACUUCAAAGGUCAGUGGCAAACACAGUUUGACCCACAAGCAACAUCAAAGGGAGAGUUUUACUUGGACAGCCAGAACUCUGUGUCAGUGGACAUGAUGAAAUCUGUCCAGUACCCUUUACGCCUGAUGUAUGAUUCCAAACUGGAAGCACAGGUUGCCAGUUUUCCCUUCAAGGGAAACACCAGCUUCUUAAUCAUCCUUCCCAGAGGAAACCUGUUGUCAGUGCUUUCCAAACUAAACAUCUCCGACCUCUACAGAUCUCUACCUCAGGAAAAACUGAUGCAGGUGAACUUGCCUAAAUUGAAGCUGAAGUACCAAAAGGAGCUCCAGGCGGCUCUGACCAACAUGG